AUGUCGUCUCGCCAACCUCGUAUAUUGAUUUGUGGAAACCUGGUUUGGGCUCAUGAAGACGCCAGACAGCUUUUUGAUGGGCUCGCAGACAUUGUUGUUAUGGAUUCCCCAAAUCGCCCAGAUUUCCUUGCUGGGCUAAAGACAGGAGGAAGGUACCACGGAAUUGUGGGCAUCUACCGGCACAACACCUCCGCAGACCAUAUCGGCGUUUUUGACGAAGAGAUCAUCGAUGCUCUGGCUGAGACGGGGACUGUCCAAUGGAUCGCGCAUAACGGUGCAGGUUACGAUCAGAUUGAUGUUUUGCGAUGCGCAAAGAAAGGCAUCAGCGUGUCUAAUACUCCUGGAGCUGUUGAUGAUGCGACUGCCACUACGGCGUUGUACCUUGUCAUUUCUUGUCUCAGAAACUAUGCUUGGGCCGAACAAUCCCUUCGCCAAGGGACAUUCAAAUCGGUCCUCAAUCCUGGGCGGGCUCAUGAUGUUACGGGACGCACGCUGGGUAUCUUAGGCCUCGGCGGUAUUGGUCUUAGGCUUGCUCAUCUGGUACACGCAUUCCCUAUGCGCGUUGUCUAUUACUCGAGGAAUAAGUCUGCCAAUGCACCAGAGUGGUGCGAGUACAUCGACAGCUUGGAGGGGCUCUGUCGAGAAAGCGAUGUUCUGAGCGUGCAUGUUCCUUUACGUAACGAGACGGUUCAUCUGGUUGGCGAGAAGGAGAUUCGGACGAUGAAGAAGGGCAGUAUCAUCGUGAAUACCGCGCGUGGAAAGGUUAUUGACGAGGAGGCGAUGAUUCGCGCUCUUGCAGAUGGUCAUCUGUCAUCUGUUGGCCUGGACGUAUACCCAAACGAACCUUUCAUCAACCCGCGUUUACUCGAAUUCCCGCAAAAUGUACUCCUUCCUCACAUGGGAACAGAGAACCAGGAUUCCCAGCGUCACAUGGAGGUUCGUGCGCUCACUAAUUUGAGAGACUUCCUUCGCGAUGGUCAAGGGAAUGAUCUGAUCCCUGAGUUGCGGAGUAGAUUGUGA